AUGAGACCAAGUCUGAAGACGAUGGCCACCGCAGCAUCGGCUGCUCAAUUGGCCACUGCAAGAUCCUCUGUAGCGCUGCUGCCACCGAUCCCCUUAUACCGACGGAUUCUUCGGGCUCAUCGCCGGAAGCUACAUCCAGACAUGCGGAUGCUGGGAGAUCAGUAUGUCAAAAGCGAGUUUCGGGCUCACAAAACCGUCGAAAACCCCGUGCAUAUAAUCGGGUUCCUCUCCGAAUGGCAGCAAUAUGCCCAAGCCCUCGAAGGAGAGUCCUGGCGAGAAGAGAAAUUAGAUCAGGGGAAAAUGGCGAAGAUGAGUGACGAGCAACUUGUUCAGCUCUACGACCUCAUGCAGACGAUCCACAACCCUUCACCCGAUGACAAUAGUUCAGGCACCGAAUCGAAGUGA